CCAUAAUAAUAAUCUUCCCACUCCUACCAACAGAUGUUUGUUAUUUGAAGUGUUUUGUGUACACACACAAAUUCAAAUGGGACAAAAUAUCUUCAAUAAAAGUUUUGGUCACUUACCUGGAUCCCCAACCCUUGCACCUGAAUAAUUCCAAGAAAGCAAAUGUUCAGUACCAGAACUCUUUAACCUGUCCAAAAUCCUUGUCAUUGUUUAGAUCGAAGAGUUUCACUUCCUUCUGCCUCUCAACCUCUUCUCAUUAGUUCCUAUAUAUCUAUUCAUGGCUCUGCAGGAAAACUUCAUCCAAACCAUUUUGUAUCAACCAAUGAGUUCCAAAAUGCUGCCAACACAUUCAUCCAUCCUCCUUCUGAUCCUUACUUUCACUAUCACCUCCUCGUCGGAAAUUUCAGAAACCUACAUUGUCUUUGUCCAGAAACCACCAGCAAUUGCAACAGCAGCAGAAUCUCAAGAUCUGAACAACUGGUAUAGAACUUUUCUACCAGAAGUCACAACGUCUUCAGCCUCAACCUUGAACGAAGACCGUAUGGUACACUCGUACCAUACCAUCCUCACAGGUUUUGCUGCAAGACUUACUGCAGAUGAAGCCAAGGCAAUGGAAUACAAGCCAGGAUUCAUCUCUGCCCGCCCUGAGAAGACCAUGCAUCUCCAUACAACUCACAGCGCCAGAUUCCUUGGCCUGCAAGAAGACCGUGGCCUCUGGAACCUCUCAAACUACGGCAAGGGAGUAAUUGUAGGAGUUCUAGACACUGGGAUUGCGCUGAAUCAUCCAUCAUUCGACGACAAAGGUAUGCCCCCUCCACCAGCAAAAUGGAAAGGCAAGUGUGAAUUCAAGAGGAAAGUCUGCAACAACAAGCUCAUCGGUGCAAGAAAUUUCCUUUCACCGCGCCAGAAACCAAUCGACGAAAAUGGACACGGGACCCACACGGCAGCCAUAGCAGCUGGAAGCCCAGUUCAAGGAGUGAGCUACUUCGGGCAGCUCAACGGCACUGCAACAGGGAUAGCUCCUUCGGCGCAUCUGGCCGUCUACAGAACAUGUAAUGCUCUAGGCUCGUGCAAAGAGACCGACAUAUUAGCUGCAAUGGAUGCUGCAGUCGAGGACGGUGUCGAUGUACUAUCGCUCUCGCUUGGUACUGGGUCGACUCCAUUUUUCGAAGAUGGCAUUGCAGUUGGUGCAUAUGGUGCAGUUCAGAAAGGCGUCCUUGUCACUUGUUCCUGUGGGAAUUUAGGGCCGGGUAAGUCUUCAUUGUCAAAUGAAGCUCCAUGGAUCUUAACAGUGGGAGCAGGCACGACGGAUAGAAGUGUUAGAGCAACAGUGAAGCUUGGAGGAAGCAAUGUAGAAUUUCAUGGGGAAUCCUUGUUCCAACCUAAGGGCAUCCUGCCUUCCAAGAUGUUGCCUUUAGUUUAUGCAGGCAAUAAUGACCACCCGAUGUCUGCAUUUUGUGAGUCAGGGUCCUUGAAAGGUGUCAAAGGCAAGGUGGUGUUGUGCCGGUCUGAUGGAAGCCAGAUGGGAAGAAUUUGGAAAGGGAAAGAAGUUAAAAGAGCUGGUGGAGCUGCAAUGAUACUAAUGAAUGACAAAAUUACCGGGUUUGAAACCACGCCUGAGCUGCACGUACUGCCAGCUUCUGAGGUCAGCUACAAAGAUGGAAUGAAGAUCAAGAGGUACAUCAACUCAACCUCAUCACCAAAUGGAACAUUAGUUUUCGAGGGGACAGUUUUUGGUGUCACAUAUGCUCCCCAGGUAGCAACAUACUCCUCAAGAGGCCCUAGUUUGGCGAGCCCUGGGAUCUUGAAACCAGACAUCCUUGGCCCAGGAAACAGGAUCUUAGCUGCUUGGCCAGAUGGCGGCGGCUCGAAUCGAGAACCAACUUUCGAACUGAUGUCAGGCACCUCAAUGGCUUGCCCACAUCUGAGUGGGGUUGUUGCCUUGCUUAAAGGUUCCCACCCUGAGUGGUCACCUGCUGCGAUAAAAUCUGCAAUCAUGACCACGGCUGAUACGAAUGACCUUGGAGGAGAUCCCAUUACUGAUCAACAGUUUGAGGAAGUCAAUUUGUUUGACACUGGUUCAGGUCAUGUGAACCCAAACCGGGCGAAUAAACCGGGGCUUGUGUACGAUAUCAAACCAGAUGACUACAUUCCUUAUCUGUGUGGGCUGGGGUACAAUGAUACAGAAAUCGGGUUCAUUGCGCAGAAAGUAGUGAAGUGUUCAACAGUGGAAAAAAUGGUUGAAGGGCAACUAAACUACCCCUCGUUUUCUGCCAGAUUGGGGUCUGCUGCUGCUGCCUCAGUGACUUACACCAGGACAGUGACGAAUGUAGGGCCGGCUAACUCGACUUACGUAGCUCAGAUUGUUGCACCGAGAGGCGUUCGUGUUAAGGUCACGCCUAAGAAGCUUCGGUUCAGGGAAGGGAAACCGUCUACAAGCUAUUCAGUGACAUUCAGGAGAAGAAGAAAAGGGAGCCUGGAUGCAGCUUUUGCACAGGGCUAUCUGGUUUGGAUUUCUAAAAGAUAUCGUGUCCGGAGUCCCAUUGCUAUCACAUUUGAAUGAUGCUGGAGCAACAGAGGGAUUUACAAUCUAGAACCCUUCUCUACGCCACUAACAUCUCCAUUUUGUCUCUGCACUUACUAGUGCAUCAGCUGUAAUUUCCAUGUCUAUAUAGUGUUUCCUGCAACUUGAUAAACUUUUUUCCAUUCCAUGCCAAACAAAAGAAGGAUUCACAACAAGAACUUAGAGGACGAACAUCAAAAUUGGUUCUUUCACUGAAAGUAGCAUCUCCAAUACAUUUUGGCAAGACAGAUUGUUGGUGGUUGGGAUAAUUCUCUCACAUAAAAGUAAAACAAAUUCCUAAACUACCACACUUAUAAAUUUUUUUUUCAAAA